UGGUAUAUUUUCCGAUGUAAAAAAGGAAAUUUAGCAAAUCGUGUUGCGGUCACGCUGUGCAGUAGUUCGGCGUGUAAAUCUAAAAUGUAAAUAUUCGCCGUCUGCGCCGAAACAGUGGAAUAAAUAUCAUAUUAAAUAAUCAGUCGCUGGUUAAUAGAAAUUCUAAAAAAUAUUGUUUAUACCGCAUUCGCGUCCGCUACAAUAAUCGGGAGUGUUUUGCGGCCUAAAUUCGAAAAGGCAGGGAGCAACAGCAACAAAGCAACAAGCGAUGUGGAAUGCAAGCAAAGCAAGGCAAAUGCAAACAAUUGAAUAAGCACUGCUGACUUGUCUCCUCUGCUCCGCUCCGCACAGCGUUGCUGCUCUGCUGGCGCAGCGGUGACGUCCUUCGCGUUUAGUUAAACACCAAUUUGAAGUUUGGUGCAAUUCGCACGCGGUCGCAGUUUGUGACUAUUAUUGCAAGCAGCUGGUGGCAGCCACAGCAACGGCGGCGGCCUCAGAGACUGACGACGUGGGGCUGUGGGGGCUUUGCAUUUACUUUGAUCGUGCUCGAGUGUGAACGCGUCUCUGUAUGUGUUAUUGUACGUGAGUCCGUGUGCGUGAGUGAGUGUGUGUGUGCAGAGACCACCGCAAUGACCAUGAAGCGACGCGUUGCUCUCAAUUCUGUGGAUGUUUACAAUAAAUUCCUAAAAAUGUUUCAAUUGUAUAUUCGCAAUGCAAAAUAAACCGAAAACAACAACAACAGCAACAGCAGCAUGACAACAGCAAUAAUAAUACUGAAAGUCAACAACAAUAACUAAAAUACAACUGCAGCCUCAACCAUAAAUAAAUAAAAAACAACAGCAAUAUCAAAUUGUUCUAAUUUCAAAAGCUCAACUAGACAACUGCAAAAACAACAACUGCAAAAGCAAUAACAACAAUAUCAGCAGCCACUACAAUCACAACAACCACAACAGCAGCAGCUACAACAUCGAAAGAAACAGCUGAAAAUACGAAAAUACUUAACAAGCACACGCAGUCUCGCAUUAAUUCGAUAUUCCAUUUGUGCUCUUAAGCUUUUAAAGCUAAAAUUAAACGAAAUAACAAGAAAGAAGAAAUCAUCGAAGCAAGCAAAUCAAAAGAAAGCCCUAAAAGCCAAACAAGCCAAGUGCCUCUCCUCUUCCCCACGUUCUCUCUCAUGUUCUCUUUCUUGCUCACUCAGACGCCUAAUGUGUUUAUGUGAAUUUAAGCCGCUCUUUGACGUCACUCGUUGCCGUAACCGUCGUCGUCGUUGUUGUUGCUGGCGGCGCCGUCUUCGCCUCUCCGCGGCUUGCGCUUAAGUCUCCCUCCCUUCCUCUCUUUAACCGCGUGAAGGCUCCACUUUUAAUCACUUCGCGCGCAUCUUCUUAAAUGCGUUUCGUGUCGAGCUUUUUUCGUAUCGUCGUUGGUGUUGUUGUUAUUUCGUGCGCUCUCGUUUCACUGCUCCGAGAAGACGCGUGACUUUGAUUUUUUGAGUCAACACACACAUAUAUGCACAUCACAUGUAUGCAUGUUCACUUGCAUGUGUGUAGCAGCAGCGAUUCAUUUGGUUCUGGAUCGCGAUCUGGAUCGGGAUUAUUUAACUGCACAGAGAGCUGAAUAUUAUGGAAAAGGCGAAAGCGUACAUUAAAAAUGAGCUCCGUGGCGGCAGCGUGCCCCUGCAAUCGGAGCCCACUUCAACGCCGUCUCCAGUGCCGCAGAUGUCGUCAAUGGUGGGCGCUGGCGCCGAGCUGAUGCCAUCGCCACUGGGUGGCUACCAUCCGCAUGGACAUCCGUACUAUGCGGCGCCUCCGAUGAAGCCCGCCGCUGGACGUGCUUCGGCACCGCCCGAGCAUAUGAUUGCCCCUUCGGUUUGCUUUGUAUGCGGUGGCUAUGGCAGCUACGAGGCGCUGCGCGUGCGUGCGAAUGCCGAGCGACCCUCUGAGCCGUACUUUCCGUUUCUGGAGCGGCACGAGCCACCGCAUGGCGUUCCCGCUGUGGCGCCCCAUCAGCUGUAUGUGAUGGCCUGCAUGCUGUGCUUUCGCUCGCUGCACGAGCAAUGGGAAGCGUAUGAGCGGCAGAAGAAGCCGCUGCUGCAGCGCAUCUAUCACAUGAAGCGGGUGGAUGGCAAGGGAUACAUUGGCGCCGAUGUGGCCACCCAGAGCGAGUAUGCUGCCCAGAUGCUAGGACUAAGUGCGGAGCACUUGAGUCAGAACGGUUUAGCAGAGUUGCACAAUGCUGCCGCUGCUCCGCCCAUGGAUUCCUAUGCCCUAAGCAGACACUACGCCUCAGGAACACCGCAGCAGCAGCAACAGCAUCAUCAGAGUACCUCAAGGAAUGCCUCGCCCGAUUACUAUCCGCGCAAUGCUGCCACGCCCAACAGUCACAGCCAGCCGGGACACAGCAAUCACAAAUACCUGAGUCGUCCCCAGUCCCGGGACAUGCAGUUGCCGUCACCUCUGUCACGUCCGCCCAGCGAGCCGCCGGCACGUCUGGCACCCAGUUCCAGUUCCAGCUUUGCCCAGCACAAGUUCAAGUUGAACCAACACAGCUAUCAAGCAGCUCCAUCUCAGCCAGCUCAAUCCCAGUCGCAAGUCCAGCACCCGCAGUCAACGGCGCUUUAUCAGCCGGCACAGUAUCAACAGCUGCAGCAACAGACCGCUGCCUAUCACAUGCUGCAGCAGGUGGCAGCUGGUGAAUCCUCGCCAGCUCAUUACAAGGGUAAUCCGUAUAGUGCUCUGCCUCCCGGUGGCAAUGCGCUGCCCUUGAGCACACAACCGCCCAGUCUGGAGGAUGACAAUGCCACAGUUUUGGAUCUGCGCAAUUCGUCCACUGCCAACUCAACGCCCGUGGCCACGCCCACGCCUGUGGCCACGCCCUCGUCAUCGUCGACGGAAGUCGGUAUUCUCGACUUGUCCAUGCCCGACAAGAACUCCAUCACCGAGGUGUGUUACGUCUGCGGCGAUGAGCAGCGUCGCGGCAGCCUCGUCGAGCUGAGCACCGUCAAGCCGAAGGAGUCGCGUCUUGGCCAAGCUGUCGCCUACUUUCCGCUCUUCAACGAACAGCAUCCGCGUCCGCCGCGUUCGCGUCCAAAGGAUCCGCGUGGCAUGAUCCAGGCCUGCUUGCCCUGUCAUGAUGAUCUCAUGCAGCAGUGGAAUGCCCAUCAGGCCGCUCACACGCCUGAAUCGGUUCGCUCAUACUUGCUGAGGAAGCGAACGACGCCGACAACAACAACAACAACAGAGCGCACGACCUUUGUGUGCUACACGUGUGGCACGGACACGCCCUCGUCGCAGCUGCGACUCGUUUACUGCUGCCCCAAUGCUGAGCGAGAGCCCUACUAUCCCUACAUCAAAACGAUGAAGGCCUACAAGAAUGCUAGUCCAAUUAGUCCUCAAGGCAUGGUGCAAAUCUGUGCGGGCUGCAACGAGAAGCACGUCAACCUGGCGGAGGGAGGUCCGCCGCCAGUGGUUGCAGCUGCACCCACAGCUGUGGCAGCGAUAUCGUCGGAGCCUGGCAUGACGCACUCCUUGGAGUCCAGUGCGGCGAUGUACAGCACAAGUGGCCACUUGGUGUCCAGCGGUGGCGGCAACAGUCACAUGAUGACAUCGGCAUUCGUUGGUCACAAUUCGCCGUCGGAAAAGUCGCUCGCCAAUUCGGAUUCCACCAGCAAUGUGCGCUUUAAGCCGUACGAGACGAAUUCAAACAACUCAAAUUCGAACACGGCACGCGACUUGAAGCAGAUACGACGCAGUGACUCCAGGCCAAGUUCGCCCAGCUCAACCCAGGGACACAUCGAAAAUGGCCACGCUCAAUAUCCCUGCUCCAUUUGCAAAGUGCUGUGCUCAUCCAACAAAAUGGAUUGGCUCUCGACCAGUGCGGAGCACAUGAACUCGCAUGCCAUGCACUUUCCCUGCCUCAAGGCCAAUGUCAGCAGUAACGGGCUUAGCAAUAGCAACAACAACACCAUCAACAACAACAAUAAUAAUAAUAAUAAUAACAACAACAAUAACAAUAACAACAACGAACUGAACAAUAAUCGUGUGCUCGCCUGCAAGGAUUGCAUUAACUACUUAACCAGCCAGUGGGAGUCAAUGGAUGCGGAGCGUGUGCCGCUCGAGCACAGAAGAUACAACAUUCCCUCGCCCAUGAUGACGUCCAGCUCACCAAAUGGAUCUCGACAUGGCGCCAUGAGUACCUGCACACCGCCCUCAACGCCCUCGGUCAGCUCAUCAACGCCAGCCAGCACUUCAAUCUAUUGUUUCCUCUGUGGACUUCACUCGGACCUAACGCUUGCCAGAAUACUUUAUGGCAGCAAAGAGGGAUCUCGGCCUUACUUUCCGCUGCUGCUGAAGCACAACUCGCUGCCAAACGCUGAACAGCUGAGAAACAAUUCGGCUCUAGUCUGCACCUUCUGUUACCAUUCCAUGUUGAAUCAGUGGCGCAAAUAUGAGGCACAGAGUCCGAGCAUUAGUCCGGCGGAAAGGAAAUACAAUUGGCAUGAUUACAACUGCCAUCUGUGCGGCAUUACGACUUACAGGAAACGGGUGCGAGCAUUGCCAGUGAAUGAGUUUCCGUUUGUGAAGCAUCAGAAGAGCGACGAUGGUCUGCUGCUGGAGAACGGUGAAUAUGCCGUCGUGUGUCUGGACUGCUAUGAGAGCUUGAGCUUUGCUGAUUACAGACAACAGGCCUCGCAGCACGAUCGCUUCGGGGUGCCCAUCUCUAGGCGGGCCUACAAUUGGGUGCCCCAACCGCCGCCGCCCGAGGACAGUCCUGAUGUCGCAGUGGCGCGACUUCCCUGCGGCGAAAGAUCUGAUCGUAUUCUUAUGAGCAACGCUCUGAGGCCCAUUCCAAGCAAGAAGACAACGUCGCCCAAGCACUAUGACAAGUCGAAAGAAGUACCGCCCAAGGCUGGACAGAAGCGACCAGCGACGAGCCCAGCUCCGCAUAUACCUGUGCCGCAUCACCUGCAGACGCCGCCCAACUCUGGCAGUAUUCCCGGUGCCUCGGUUGCCAAUAGUCCAGCAGCGCCGCCGACGUCCUCCAGCGGACUGCUGAACCACGCCCUGCCCACCAACCACAUUGGCGCCCAGUCGCCGCAACAGCAACAACAACAGCAGCAGCAGCAACAGCAUCAGGCGCAUCAGCAGGCUGUGGCCGCGGCUGUGCAGCAACAGUUAGCGGGCGUAGGCGUCGGAGUGGGCGUGCCUCCGGGUGCUAUCAAUGCUGCCACAGCGGCCAGUGCACGCGGCUCCUUUGCGGCCGCGUUGCGCACGCUGGCCAAACAGGCGGACAUCAAGGAGGAGGAUGAUGGUGGGGUCAGCGUGUCCAGGGAUCGCAGUGUGCCCACAUCAGUGGCCGCUGGACCGCCAAGCAAUGCCGGACCUGUACCUGUGCCACUCAAUUCGGUGGCCGGACGCGGCGUUGUGUCGUCCGGUGGCGUCUCAGUGGAAGAUCGUUCGGCAGCCGCCAAUAAGAAACGUUCGCCACCAUCGCCACAGCCGCCGGAGAAGAUUGCACGACUCAGCCACACGCCACAGACGGCUGCACUGCAGCCGGAGCUGCUUGCGCGCAGUGGCUUCCAGCCGUACAGAUCCGAUGAGCGACUCAUGCAUCCGGCGGGCGCAUUUCCCUUGGAGGCAUAUUCACACUUUGCCGGUCUGUCCGGCAUUCCACCAGCAUUUCUGAAUCCGGCGGCAGGUUUGCCCUAUUCGGAUCCCCUGUACUUGGAGCACCGCUAUCAGCUGUUCCGCGCAGCCGGUGGACACCAUUCGCAUCCGCAUGCAGCGGCGCUGUAUCCACAGAUGGCGCCACCGUACUCGCAUCUGUACUCCAUGUUGCCCGGAGCAGCGCUGGGCAUCUCGCCGGCCAUGCACGAUCGCAUCAAGCUGGAGGAGGAGCACAGAGCGCGUCUGGCACGCGAGGAGGAGCGUGAGCGCGAGAUGCAGCGUGAGAAGGAGCGCGAGCUGCGCGAACAGCGCGAGAAGGAGCAACGCGAACGGGAACGCGAACAGCGCGAACGUGAGCGCGAGCAACGUGAGAAGGAGCAGCGCGAGAAGGAGCAGAAGGAGAAGGAGGCACGCGAGCGCAAGAUGCGCGAAGAAGAGCGCGAGGCACGCGAACGUGAACGUCAGCAGCUGUUGAAUGCGACGCAUCAUUACUCCAACCAGCUGUACUCGCCGCUGAAUCGCAACCUGCUCGGCUCCAUGAUGCCGCACAUCAAUCUGGGCCUGCGUGGUCCGCCCGCCGGACUUCACGGGCUGCCCGGGAUGACGCACUACCAUGCGGCGGCGGCAAAUGCGCAACGUCAGAGUCCCAUGGGUCUCAAUCUGGGCAUGCCUGGCAUGCCGCCGCUGCCCGGACACGGACCCAGCAAUCUACAUCAUCUGCAGCAGGCGAUGGGCUUGGCGGCGCAUCCCGCUGCCGCUGGGCUGCCGCAUCCGAGUUUCUCGGCCCUGGGACUGGGUCCGCACCCGCAUAGCCUCAAUCUGAGCCAUGCGCAUCUAUCGCCGCAUCAUGCGGUGCAUCAGCUGCCGCCGCACACUGUGGCCAGCUCCUCAGCUGGUCCCAGUCCCGGUGUGGCCAGCAGCACGGCAGUAGCCACAUCGGCGUCGCCGCACAGCAGCCUCAAUCUGACGGUGGCCACCAGCAGCAUGGCCCAGACAACGUCGACGCCGACGCCCAGUUCGCACAUUCCGACCAUGAGCCACUACUAUCACCACAAUCUGGCCGCCAUGCAUGCGGCUGCCGCUGUGGCCAGCGGCCUCAAUCCCGUCGCUGCCCAUCAACAGCCGAUCAGCGCGGCUACGCAUCCCACAUCGCCGAAGAUCACGCCGCCACUUGGCUCGGCGCCCAAUGGCGGAUCCCGUGCGGCAAGCAGUCCGCAUGCGAUGCGCCAUCACAUUGCCGCCGCCGUGGCUGCUGCCGCGCAGCAGCAACAGCAGCAGCAAUCGGUGCUGAUGGAGAAAAGCAGCGGUGUCGCCACAACGACGCCAGUGACGCAUGAACCGACCACGCUCGAUUUGACCGGCUCCAAUUCGAACUCGAGCAAUCAGGCACAGUCGAUUGUGAGCAACAGUACAUCGGCUGCCCAUGAGUUGAACGGCAUCGAGUCGAAUGGUCCCACGGAUGGCAAGGAGACGGGUGUACCUCAGGGUGCGCCUGUCAAGGAGGAUGCAUUGCAGCGUGGCACGCCGCCAGUGGCGCUGGAGAAGAAGCCGGCAACACCCAAUGCCGGUGGCAGCCAGGAAAAGACACUGUUGCCAGACAGCUCGCCGGAGAAUUCGUCGAGGCGCAGCACAAGUCCACCCAACUCGGACAACAACAACAGCAGCAGCAAUGCCAACAUCAACAUCAUCAUCAACAACAACAACAACAAUAACAACUCGAGCAGCGCAAGCAACGUUGGAACUGCAGCCAGUGCAGCCGCACAAGAAGACAAUAAGACUUCGGUUGGGGCACUUGGUCGCAGCAGUAGCGUGGAAGAAGCCACCGCCUUAUGACACCAGCUAUUCAACAAUUCCAACAACUAACUAAUGAAAAACUUUGGCGACAUUGGAAUGUAUCUGCUGUCUGAGAGAGCAUUGCAUCAGCAGCGUAAGCGAAUGCUCGAUGAGUUUCUAAAGCUAUAGAGCGGUGAUCCAUCCCUCAACCGUUAACUGACUGGAAAAUAUGAAAGAGAGUGGCGCCUAAAAAAGCUGAUAUACGUAGAAUUGGCAAUAGACAACUGCAAGCGCCGCUUAUGUAUUAGUUAAACAUACUCAAAUAAACCUAAUUAAAUAUUGUGUAAAUCCCAUUAGCAGAUAUCAAGAUACAGAUACUUGUUUGUUCUCGGUGUUACAAUCUAACAAAAAAAAAAUGAAUACAAUUACAACAAUUAUUAACAAAUAACACGAAUAUUCGUACAAUUUUAAACUCGUGUAAAAGUCAACUAAAAAAUUGCAUAAAAUGUAAAGUUAGGAAUGUAUAAAAAGUAAAGCAAAACUUAUAAAUAUUGUGAGAUAUAAAAAAAAACAACAAGAUCUAAAAGUAAUCGUACUUUUGAUCCAACUACUCAAUUUAAAGACAACCAAAUGAACGUCUCGAUAAUAUAAAAUAAAUAAUGAUAUUUAGUUGUAAACAUUUAGAUUAAAAACUUCGUAAGUAAAUUUAUAUAUAAACACAUAUACAAAAGAAAGCGUAAAUUAAUACUGUAUAGUUAUAUUUUAUUCUUAAAUUGCUAAUAAUUGUGAUUUGGAGAGUACGAACCAAAAACGAAAAUGGAAGAUAAUGAACAGAAAAGGAAAAUGUAUGUAUUAUGUAAAUGUAACUGGGUAAAGAUACAAUGGAACUGAAUUUUAGGUAAAAAGAUAACGAAAAUAAAAACCAAUAAACAUAUUACAAAAUCAAAAACAAAUAUGCGAUAAUCUGGAAUGAAUUAGCUAAAACGAAAUGGGAAAUGGCAAAAGGCUUAAAUUAUUUUUCGAAAUUGUCGAAUUUUUUUACUUACACAAGUGAGCAACUUUUUGGUCCUUACAAAAAAACGAGUUUCUAGUAUGUUCAGUUUUUAUACAACAUUUAAAAAAGUACUUACAACUACAAAUGCAGCAAAUGCAUACAAAAAAAAAUGAAAUGGAGUACGAGAACUAUGCAAUAAGUGUUUAGGAAACCCUAACAUUAUAUUGUAAUUAAGCUCAUUAACAUUGAUGUUUACAAUUGAUACAAUCGAUACAAACGAUAUGUACAUACAUAUGGAUAAGUAGCUAAUACCAUAUAGCUCAACCGAACUCUGAUAACAUAAAGAAUAUAUUAUUGUAUACAUUCUUGUGUAUCUUUUUUCGAAAAGUUUCAGUUCUUCAACUCUUUCACUUCGAAUUGCACCCAAACGUUCUUAUUUAUGUUUGAGAUUGCCUAAAAUAAAGAAUUUUAUUUCUAUAUCUAUUAUUUCUUUUUUUUUUUUUAAUUCAUAAAAAUCUCGAGCAAUCUGUGAUAUUAUAAAAAGACAAACAAAAUGAAAGUUGAUUGAAAUGAAAAAUGCAAAAUGGAAAAAUAAUCAAGAAGAGUGCAGAAUGAGCAUGAAAAGUGCUAAAGAAGUAACCAUAAAAUAUAAAAUGGAACUCAUUGUCGUAUCAUACUUGAUUGGAUUUAACGAGUACAUUCAUGAACUACUUGCUUCGAAUACAUUCACACAUUCAUUCAUUCUUUUUCUUUGAAUGAUGUGCAAGUGAAUAUAUUUUUACUAAUAUAAUCGUAAUAGUUUCUUGGAUAAUCCAUAAAUACGGAUACUACGGAUAUUAAUUGGUGCGCGUAUAAACUUAAUCCACAAAUAUGCGAUGGCAUAAAUAAAUAAAAUAAAUGCAUAAUAGUUUCAAGAUACAAGCAAAACCUUAACAAAAUACAUAAAUUAAACGUAUUUCUCCCUCAAUCUUCGUUGUGUGUGUAAAACCGAAUACAAAGUGUAAAACAUAAUUUUUAAGCUAACAACAAACAACAAACAAGAAACAAACAAGCAACAAAUCCAAAUAGAUAUCUCAUUUGAGCAACAGUAAAACAGUAAGCGCAACAGUAAAUGUUGAACCAUUGAAACUAUGAUUGUAAUAACAGCAAAUAACAAUAAAACAAGCAAGAAACAAACACAUCCCAAAAUACAAAAUAAUAAUUACAUUUGUCAAAUACACGAGCACGUUACGUAUUUGUGGCAAGCAACAUGAACGUGUCACAAAAACAUUGAAUCAAUCUUGUGCAACUUUACUUAAGGCAUUUAUGAUUUUAUUAAAUAAACUGUACGUAAGAGAUUUAA